AAUUUUGCGUGUGUUCACCACCGCCAAUUACACUUAGAACAUUUACGAUUAGAAAAAGAACGUAGUGUUAGAAACAAAGAUCACAAUGAUAAAUGGCACAUAUUUAACACAGCUAUAGAAACACCAAGCACGGAGACACACGCAUUUGAUAUUUCGCACAUAGACAAAAAUGGCAUGCUGCCACCGUGCAAAUUUAUAAAUGCUAACAUGAUAUCUACAAGUGAUGAAGUUUUUUUAAUGCAAGAACUUAAAGAAAACGAAUGCAAGGAAAAUGUUAAACAUGAUUACAUAUCUCCUACUGUUAUUAGUAAUUUGGAAACAAUUGAUACUAUAUCAAAUACUACAGAUUUUUCAGUGCUAUCAGAAAGCGAAUUUUAUAAAGCAAGACAACUCGCAUACGGAAAUGAGUCCUUAAAAUACAAUAGUAAAUCUUUAAAUAAAUUCAAAAGCAGUAUAAUCAAUGAAAGUAAUACAUUAACAAAACAGAAUACAAAGAAAAAUAAUGCAAUUACAAAAUACUCAUCAAAAGUAGAUCAUGUUUAUGAAGAAGUCAAUACUCUUGAAUGUGAUAUUAUGGAUUAUUAUGAAAAAUACAGCCCUACAACGGCAAAAACUUUAAUAAAUACACUUUUUCUUCCUCGAUAUAAAAUUUGUAAACAAUGUGCCAAUUUACAAGGCAGUCCAGUAUAUUCUGAUCGUUUGAUAUAUGCAAAGAAACCACUAUAUGCGAAAGAAGUUCAUUUACUUCAACAAAAUGAAUCUUUAAAUUUUAAAUAUUGUUCAGAAGAUGGUAAACACAACAAUAUAUUGUUUUUACAGUACGAUGAUGUUCAGCACUGCUUAUUAGUUUAUAAUUAUCUAAAAACUAAUAGUUCCAGUAUAUUUUAUUAUUAUGGCCCACCGCGAGACGUUUUUGAUUUAAAAACAACAUUAAAACCAAAUAUUAUUGUCACAAAUAGCAGUACAAGAGGAGUAGUAAAUACAGAAUUAUAUCAUCGCUCUGCAAGUAACUUUUAUAGAAGAAUAUCAAACAAUGGCAUUGCACCUACAGUGUUUUAUGUGAAUCACAAUAAUAUGUUAAGCUCGAUAAAACAUGUUGGAUAUGAUACUGAUUUGCAAAACUGGAUGCAUUACCGUAAUGAUGUAUUUCGAUUACAUAAUCUCAAACAAGAUGAUGUAAUUGAUCUUCGCGCAAAUAGAUCCAGUUUGUUAUUGUUAGAGCCUCUAUUGUUAAUGCCAGAAUUGGGAAACUCUAGGUAUAGGCCCGGGAAAAAUCGUAUUUCGCAAUCAGAACACAUAAAAAUAGUAAAAAUAGUGAUUGCCUAUACUCUUUCUUUCUUCAUUCUAGCAACAAUCACAUUUUAUAUAGUUUAUUUCACUUAAUGACUAUGGAAUUUAAUAAGAUCAUAAUAUUCAUUU